AUGCAGAAGAUGGAAAAGAUACUGAAUGUUCUGCACUGCACCGACAAGAAGAAAGUUCUCUACGCUACUUUUCAGCUGGCAGGAAAAGCUGAGAGAUGGUGGAUGGUUGUAAGUAUACUGGAGGAACAGAGGGCUAAUCCAUUAGGGAUGACAUGGAGCUGCUUUAAGGAGGUAUUCUUCGAGAGAUACUUCCCGGCCACCACUUGUGAUGCGAAGGCAGACGAGUUCUCGAGUUUGACUCAGGGGACCCUAACAGUGCAGAGUUGCGCAACUAGAUACAUCGAGAUGUCUCACUUUGCGCCGUGUAUGAUCUUGAACGAGUAUGAAAAGACUCAGAAGUUUGAGAAGGGUCUGAGGAAGGAUAUUUGCAGGCUAGUGGGAAUUGUUGGCCUAAUCAAGGCUUACAACUCUUGA